CAAUGGUUAUUCAAAGAUCCUUAGCAUCCGCUUGCCCCUCUUCGUCUGUCAAGCUUAAACUGUCGUUCCGUCAGAUUACCCUCGUGAAGGCAACGUGAUCAAACACGGAUCUACACCCCUGUUGCGAAUCUCGGCAGUGGGAGCGUGUGUGUGUGUGCGUGUGUGAAGGGUACACCGCCACCUUGAUUUACUAGUGAGGCGUUUGCACCUCGUUCGUGACACGUGUGGUCGCACCUGUUUCGGGGUAAGCCUGUUUAGCUGCCUUCGUAUUGUAAAAAGGGGGUUCGGAGCGAAUCACCUGAUGUUUGUCUCAAAACCUCGUGGUACACCGUACUUGUUUAUUCCUUCUUUCUUCUCCACCUCCAACUGCACUCCCGUUCUUCUCUCUACAACCGCGAACGAAGUGUGCACGCUUUGCAAGGAGCUAGCUUAGCUGCAUCAUCACUGGCUGAUGAUGGUGACUCUCCAGUCACCUGGUGCGGGAGGUACUGCCCGGAGCAUGCGUCCGGUUCCAGAACCAGCGCCGGCCGGUGACAAGCGUCGGGCUGAGGCGUACAAAUAACCAGAACUUCUUGCAACAUGCUCUGCAGGGGAGUGAAACUGCGGACAGGGCGUGACGCGAUAUCUGUACCGGACGUGGUCGAUGCCGGCAGAGUUUUGUGCAGCGCCUUCCGAAAAGGGCACAGAAGACAAUCUGGUGGAUACAAGGAGAACGUUGUAGCGUAUUCCAGAAAUUAUACUCGUGUGUGUGGAACUUCUGAGUAAUGAAGAGACCUGAAUGUUUAACUUAAAGUCGUGAGGAGUUAAACGGCGUCGUGCCAAAAGUUCAGGCGUGUCGGUGGCUUUUCGUAGCAACAUACUUACGACUUUCUUUGCGCUGCUCGGCAUUCGUACUUCACUUCCACCAUGACGGGUACCGUUAGCAGAAGAAAAAAGAUUGCAAUGAUUGGUUCUGGCAUGAUAGGAGGAACCAUGGGCUACCUUUGUGUGCUUCGGGAGCUAGCCGACGUCGUACUAUUCGACGUUGUAACAGGCAUGCCAGAAGGGAAGGCGUUGGAUGAUUCACAGGCGACAAGCAUUGCUGACACGAACGUGAGCGUGACGAGCGCAAACCAGUAUGAGAAGAUCGCCGGAUCGGAUGUCGUAAUAAUAACUGCAGGGCUGACCAAGGUACCGGGGAAGAGUGACAAGGAGUGGAGCAGAAACGACCUUUUACCGUUCAAUGCAAAAAUCAUUCGAGAGGUAGCGCAGGGAGUGAAGAAGUACUGCCCGCUUGCUUUUGUAAUUGUAGUGACAAACCCGCUUGACUGCAUGGUAAAGUGCUUUCAUGAAGCGAGCGGGUUACCAAAAAACAUGGUUUGCGGAAUGGCGAAUGUGUUAGAUUCGGCACGAUUUAGACGCUUCAUUGCGGAUCAGCUGGAGAUAUCACCUCGAGAUAUUCAAGCUACUGUUAUCGGCACACACGGUGACCACAUGCUGCCUCUCGCGCGUUAUGUGACGGUGAAUGGUUUCCCACUGCGAGAAUUCAUUAAAAAAGGAAAAAUGACUGAGGCAAAACUGGCAGAGAUCGUAGAGCGUACAAAGAAAGCUGGGGGGGAGAUUGUGAGACUUUUGGGGCAAGGGUCAGCGUACUAUGCUCCAGCCCUUUCUGCUAUAACAAUGGCCCAGGCAUUCUUAAAAGACGAGAAGAGAGUGCUCCCGUGCAGUGUGUAUUGCCAGGGUGAGUAUGGGCUUCACGAUAUGUUUAUUGGUUUGCCGGCAGUUAUAGGCGGUGGGGGAAUCGAGCAGGUCAUCGAACUGGAGCUGACACAUGAGGAACAAGAGUGUUUCAGGAAGUCAGUUGAUGACGUGGUGGAAUUGAAUAAGAGUUUAGCGGCGCUGGGUUGAACAAGUACGCAGGCGGGCAGCACAGAAGGAGCAAAUGUGGGAGGGUGUUUCCAGGCGGACGCGUUCGAACCCCGUAUCGAGCUAUCGCCCAGAGCAGUGGACAGGGAAGCGCAAGUCAGGGGUUAGAACACACACAACACCAUACGUCAUCAUGCGUUGGCGCGCGUACACCGUUUUUUGUUGCAAGGGCGGCAGGCGCUGGAGAUGAUGUGGAUAAAGCUUUUGCACCUGAUGGAAUGUUUGGGGCAUCCAAGACCGAGACCAAGACGUUAGCCUGCAAGCUGCUGCAACGCUACUUCGGGCCGUGUGACAAUGGGUCCCGUGGAAACAGGCGCGGUGGCAAAAUUUCAUGCAUUCGGCUGAAGAGCGGAUAUACAUUGUGUAGGCAGAGUAGUGGCAAGAAGUGUAGUUGCCGACGGCUGUAGUCUCAUAUAUCAGAGCGUGAAAUGGUUUGGGGUUUUCGAUUAACGCGUCUACUCGACUGUGUUCGUCUAUCUUUUCCGUCCAAGGGGUGCAGUUUUUGAGUGUUCGAGUUGGUUUUUCAAGGCGGAUGCAAUUACAUGGGGGCUGGAUCGGUCGACAUGGAUCUUCAAGGAACGAGACAAUGAAGAAACAAAGAGAAGUGAAGAGGACACGGAAAACAAAAGCACAUGCUCGCAGCGGGUGCCCGCUUCGUUCGACGCACACGGAGGGCUAUUGGGGGUGGUCGCGCCUCCCCCUAGUUGUUUCUUUUUUUGUGCGGUUGUAGUCCCGCAUAAUUUAUCGGCGUGUUAUGAUAGGUAGGAUCUGUGUUUACGACACUGAGGAACGUGUGGUCACAGAAAGAAGCCGAACCGUCCAUGUCGCACACAUGGUAGAGAUGACAAUCCGGUGUUUACUCACGGAGAUGCGGUGUAUCGUUCGAACAAACACAGGCAGUCCAAAUCUACGCUUUUUCACGGGGGUUACCAAUGGACGUUCGUGUGUCCAUUUCGUUAAUCCGAAUCGAGUAAGGGAAGGGUUUUACUAAUAACGGCGAACAGGUGGUAAAUUGGGUGCGCCAGUUCAACCGCCAAGAUGGUUGAUAGAGUAGGCAAUCAUGAGAGGGUGUUUGAACGAGUGUACACACGAUAUUAUAUGCGUGAAUUUUGUGAUGGAGUUGUUCGGCAGGGAGUAACCCUUCAGCAAGCCGGUCUGAACUCAGUAGGGACGGGAAGGCGGGGAUUUUGCAGCCGCUGAUCACUGUUGGCUGUACUACAGACGGACCCCGUACUGCAUGAAGGCUCUCCUACAGGAUUAACAUGUGGACUGGUGUUAGAGCAAUACGUGCUUAAACAUGAAGUACAUGUAUUAACG